AUGACGGGGUCCAAGUCGUUGGCGCACACCAGCGCGACGCUCCAGCUUUGGAGACGCCUGCGGGACCUCAGGCAAAAGACCACAUCCGUGGUCCUCGACGGCAACAACCUCGACAUUGCCUCCGUCGUGGCCGUCGCUCGCCACGGCGUCAAGCCCGUCAUCAGCGAUGAUCCAGAGCUCGCCAAUCGCAUCAACCUCAGCGUCGACGCCCUAGCCGCCUACCUCGCCCGCGACUGGGUCGUCUAUGGCGUCAACACCGGCUUCGGCGGCAGCGCAGAUACUAGGACCAAUGGCCUCCUCGACCUGCAAAUCCACCUUCUGCAGCACACCCAAAGCGCCAUCGUCACCUCACUCGACAAGGAUCCCACCGCCAAUUCGGAGAGGGACUCCUCCCACGUCAUGUCCCCUGCCUGGGUCCGCGGGGCCAUCGUCGCCCGCGCCAACCAGAACCUGCGAGGCCAUAGCGCCGUCCGCCUCUCCGUCCUCCGCAGCCUAGUCGACCUGCUGCACCACGACCUGACACCCCUCGUUCCCUUGCGGGGCACCAUCUCCGCCUCGGGGGAUCUCAUGCCCAUGUCGUACAUUGCCGGCGCCGUCACCGGCAACCCGGACAUCUUCGUCCAGGUCGGCAAGGGCCCCAGGGUUCGCGUCAUACCCUCGUCCGAGGCCCUGCGCCUCUGCGGCCUCGCUCCCUCGGGCAUGGGCCCCAAGGAGGCCCUCGGCCUCAUCAACGGGACCGCUCCCUCCGUCGCCGUCGCCAGCCUCGUCCUGCAUGACGCCCAGCAGCUCGCCCUCUUGGCCCAGAUGCUGACGGCCUUGACCGCCGAGGCUCUGGGUGGCAACGUCGAGUGGGCUCUGCCAUUCAUCCAUGCCGCACGUCCGCAUGCGGGCCAGGUAGAGGCUGCCGGCAACAUCCGCCGAUUCCUCAAGGGCUCCCAACUCGUCGUCGGCCUCGAGUCGAGGAAGAGAAUGGGCGACGGCCUUUGGCAGGAUAGAUACUCGACGCGAACCGCCCCUCAGUGGAUCGGCCCUUACCUCGAGGACUUGCUCCUGGCCCAGCGUCAGCUCGAGGUUGAACUCAACUCCACUUCGGACAAUCCUCUGGUCGAAGUGUCUCCAGAACCGUACCACCACCAGAAUGGAGCCUCCAGUGGAGAGUCCAACGGAGAGUCAAUUAGAGUCAAGAAUGGAAUUUCCAAAGCAGCCUCGAACGGAGAGUUCAAUGGAGUCGAUAAUGGAGCCCUUGACGGAGCGUCGAAUGGAGUCGAAGCUGGAGCCCUCAAUGAAGCGUCGAAUGGAGUCCAUGGUGAGGCCCUCAGCGCAAAGUCCAAUGGAGUCCUUGAUGAAGCCCUCAACAGAGUGUCGAAUGGGGUCUCCAACGGAGUUUCAAACGGAGUCGAGAAUGGUGCCAUCAACAGAUUCAAGGAUGGUGCAGGCAAUGGAGCCUCCAACGGAGUCUCAAACAGAGUGUCGAAUGGCGUUGAAGACAAAGUGCAGAAUGGAACAGCGCCCGCUGGGCCCGGCGAGGUCUACUCCGGAGGCAACUUCCAGGCCACUGUCGUCACCUCGGCCAUGGACAAGACCCGCCUAGCCCUGCAGAUGAUCGGUCGCUUGUUAUUCUCCCAGGUGACCGAGAUAAUCAACCCGUCCACCAACAACGGACUCGAGGCCAACCUCAACGCCAGUGAGCACGAAAACUUCACCAUGAAGGGCAUCGACGUCAACAUGUCGGCGUACAUGUCCGAGCUCGCCGCCCUUGCCCAUCCCGUUUCCUCGCACGUCAUGUCGGCCGAGAUGCACAACCAGGGCAUCAACUCGCUCGCCCUGCUGUCUGCGAGGCGCACCGCCGAGGCUGCCGAUCUGGUCGCCCAGAUGUGCGCCUGUCACCUGUACGUCUCGUGCCAGGCCGUCGAAAUUCGCGCCAACCAUGUCCGCUUCCUGGACCUUGUACGCGACACAGUGCUGAGGGACCCGACGCAUAAUGGAGCCCUGUACGGCCUCAGCCUCAAGGGCCCGGACGUCGAGAGACUCGCCGACAGGUUGGUCCCCGUCGUCGAGGCGACCUGGAAACACUGGAACGCCAACACCUGGAAGCACCGCGUGGCCCCUGUCACCGAGGCCAUUGUGUCUCCCGUCGCCGACUUUCUGGUCGCCGAGGGCCGCGACUGUUCCCUCGCCCAGCUGACCGCCUUCAAGAAGCACUUUGGCAACACCCUGUCCGAAACCGCGGCUUCCAUCUUCUACCCGGGCAUGAUGCCGCCGGCUGCGGUGGCCGCACAGCUCGGCGACGGUAGCGCGCAGCUGUAUACGUGGAUACGGUCGAGGCUCGGCGUGCCGCUGCACCGCGGCAUUGACGACGAUCCGCUGUACAAUGCACGCAGGGGCCUGCCGACCGAGGGCAAGAAAACCAUCGGUAGCUGGGUGACGACCGUGUAUGAGAGUAUCCUCAAGGGCGGGCUGAUGGACAUGGUCAUGGACGGCGUCGACUCGUCGCGGGAGGCGCCGCGGACUGCCGAGGCGUACGAGAAACUCUGUAGAGACAUGGAGGAAAUGUACUAA